UCUCCACAUUUCUUCUUGCUUUCAUGAAAUCUUCCACAGUGGGGCUUUCUAUAAUUGCACUCAGUACUAUAGCUUAUGUUUUCGUUGAGUUACUGAGAAGUGCAUAUUAUACUUCUCAACGUGACAAGAAAAAAACAUUCUGGUCUCGGUUUAUUUGUAGGAACAGUCGUAUCCCUUUUAUUGCCUUUCGUGUCUCACUGGAACCGAACCUAAUUAAGAAGCAAGUAAAAUACGUUUGUAAGGUUCUGGUUCCUGAUUGGCGCCACUUGGAAGACGCGGAAUUACGAGUGGAACGAGUGUUGGGAGGAAUCACCAACCGCAUCUUUUGUGUUUCAGUAAACAAAGAUGCACCCAACCUGUUUUUUAAUAAAGUUCUUGUUCGAGUAUUUGGUGCUGAAGGAAUCAUCGACCGAGAAAAGGAGAAUGAGAUAUUUGAACAGCUCGCAAAGAACAGGAUAGCACCCAGUUUUAUUGGAGAAUUUGCCAACGGUAGGAUUGAAAGUUGGCUUCAGGCACGGUGCAUUAGUAUAGAAGAGAUGAGAUAUCCAAAUAUCUCUAAAGCUGUCGCACAGAAACUGGCCAUUCUGCAUCGCUUUCAACCGCAAGGACACCGGAAGAGCUUACAAGAUUCUCCAGUAUGGGAAAGUAUCUAUGCUUGGUUGAAAGAAGCGAAAGUUGCUUUGAAACAACUGGAGAAUACGGAGUUAGACGACAGCAGAAGGUUAUUACUAAAGCAAAUAGAUUUACUUGUUCUAGAGAAAGAAUUGGAGUUUCUAAGAAAUACUUUAAGGAAAACUCCUUCUCCUAUAGUAUUUUCUCAUAAUGAUCUUCUAUUUGGAAACAUACUUUAUGAUGAGAUUUCGGGAACGGUGCAUUUUGUGGACUUUGAAUAUUCUGGUUGGAACUAUAGAGGUUUUGACAUUGGAAACCAUUUCUGUGAAUGUAUGGGUGGUACAGACAACGGUAUUCCAGAUUACACAAAAUAUCCCACAGAAGAACAACAACAUCUAUUUUGUCAGCACUAUUUAGUGUCUUAUGGAGGUUUCGAGAAUGUUUCAUCCGUGAAUGAAACGGAUAUAAAGUCUCUUAUGAUAGAAGCCAAUCGUUAUGCAUUGUUGUCACAUUUCUAUUGGGGAAUGUGGGCACUUUGCCUUUCAGUAGAUCAAACUGUUGACUUUGAUUACUUGCUGUAAGUUUUCCUCGUCAAUCCUUUUCUGUUCGGUUGGACUAAAUUGAGACCAAGUUUUGGGGUGAAUCGGUUCAAAGAAUAUUAUCGUUUUCGUAACCAAUUUCUUGAAGAUCCAUGAAAUUUUAUUGUUUAUAGAGUUUUCAAAUAAAUUUCAACUCCACGUUUAUUGUAAACUUCACCAGUUAUUCCCUUAUUUGUGAAUUGAGCAUUAAUG